AUGUCCGUCAUCAACUCUUGCAGAGUGCUGGAUGAUAGGUCCAACGUGGAUUCUAGGAGUGUGGAAGGCGGGGGAGACUCGGGAUUCUCCAAGGAAGCUGGUAGCGCUGCUCCUAGCGGCAACUUUGGCAAUGGCAACGGUGCACCUCUGAGAGACCCCAUGCAUGACCAGAUAUCCCACAAGCUGGACACAGCAGCGUUUUUUAAGAAUGGCAAUAGCGAACAAAUGAUCGCAGGACAGGGUGAAGCAGAUAUUGCGGCUGAUUUUCCGAUGAAAACGUCUCGUUUCAGGGAUGCUCACCACCAGAUGGUCGGAAUCGGGGUGCAGAAUACCCUCAGAAGAAACUCACGCAUGUUGGCCGAAUCCCGGCCCGGUGCCUUUCCUUGCACCGGCAUCCUUUCCCCGCGGGACGAGAGUAGUAGUGGGGUGACUGAAACAGAAGAAAACACGGAUGUGGAAGCACCGACCAGAGAUGUGACGCAGAUGCAAAGGCUGUCCAUUGCAAACCUUGUGCCUGAAGAUGACGAUAGAUCUGAUCUGCAGCAAGCACAAGCAGUGGACGUGAAUGCACUGCAGGAGCGCAAUCAUGAGCGAGACGAGAAACGAAAGAUACUGGGACUGGCAUUCCGGGUGGCUGGCAUUGGUGGAAUCCUUUUCUUUGUGGUUGUCUUGAUCCUGUCAUUGUGCUUGAGGCACGAACAGCAGGAAACUGCAAAACCCAUGUCUCCGGAAGCCACAGGAACGCAACCUCCUGUUGUUCAGACUCUCAGAGAGCACAUCAUGUCCCUCCUCCCAAGCGACACAGUAUCGCAUGUGCUUCAAGACCACACCACCCAGCAUACUGCCUUCCAGUGGCUCAUCCAAGAUCCCAACAUUAGCGACUAUUCUGAUGCCCGUAUCCUACAACGCUUUGUCCUGGCCACAUUCUACCUCUCCACUGGUGGUGCCUAUUCCAACGAAACCAUGACCUCUUCAUCUUCUGCAUCUUCUAAAUCAUCCCUUUCUUCCUGGUCUAAUGAGGACAAGUGGCUCUCCUAUCACCACCAUGAAUGUGAUUGGUGGGCACACAAUACAUCAUCACUGUAUAGCAUACCAGAAGAACAGUAUGAUCUUCUCUACAAUUUCAGUGGAAAUCCUUGUGAUUCAGAUGGGAACUUCCAGCACCUUUGGUUGUGGCAAAAUGGGCUGAGGGGGAACCUACCACCAGAGCUAUACCUGCUGACCAAUCUCCGCAGCAUCACGAUUGACAGGAACGAACUUGAAGGAACCAUUUCAUCUCAGAUUGGAAAUCUGGAGGAGUUGGAGGCACUGGCACUUUUCCAUACAGACUUGACAGGAACCCUGCCCUCUGAGGUAGGCCUUUUGACACAGUUGUCCUUUCUUUGGCUCAUGAGCAAUGAGCACCUGGGAGGGACUAUCCCAACAGAAUAUGGUCAGCUGUCCAAGUUGCAGUACUUUCUUGUGGACAGCGCAAGUCUUACAGGAAGCAUCCCAACUGAAGUUGGUAAUCUAUCUGAUUUGAUUUGGCUAUUCUUGUACGAUAACCAACUGACUGGCUCGUUCCCAACAGAAAUGGGCAGGAUGCAGGCACUGGAUACAUUGUGGAUUUGGAUGAAUGAGAUUUCUGGGCCUAUACCAUCCGAGUUUGGUCUCCUGGGAAAGAUGUUGGGACACAUGGCCAUUGAUGUGAAUCCAUUGGAAGGUUCACUCCCCACAGAACUCGGGCGUCUAUCCACGCUGACACUGCUCCAUGUGUCUGACUCAAAACUGACAGGCACGCUCCCGACGGAGCUAGGCCUUCUUGGCAAUCUAACUUCAGUCACAAUCAACACUUGUGAUCUGUCUGGGACGUUGCCUAGCGAAGUGGGACUCCUGACCAAUGCAUUCCGCUUCUGGAGCUGGAACACUCACUUCACCGGAACCAUUCCAACAGAGUUUGGUCGUUUGGCAGCCAUGGAAACGAUGGCGUUCGAUGACAACGGUCUGGUGGGGUCGCUGCCAUCUGAACUUGGAUUGCUGUCCAACCUCUCCCACCUGUAUUUCACUGCCAACAUGCUCACUAGCUCAGUUCCAACAGAGAUGGGCCAGUUGCCAAAGCUUGAUGGAAAGCUCUGGUUGCAGUCGAACCAGUUAACAGGGCCAAUCCCCAGUGAACUAGGUCUGCUUCAGAAUGUUUCAGAACUAUUGCUGCAUGACAACAGGUUCACAGGAUCAGUGCCAUUUGAACUGGGAAGUUUGGAGCAGCUGAAAGUUUUGGCAAUCUUCAAUAACAGUGAGCUCAAGGGGAGUAUUCCUCCAAGCCUCUGCAAUCUCACUUCUUGGGAUACGCCAGCAAUUGUGAAGUCGAAGCAAGGGGGUAUCCAAGUGGACUGUGAAAAGGUGGAAUGUCCAUGCGUAGAUAUUUGCAUUUGCUCCUAA